AAUAAAAUAAAAUAAAAUGCAUUUAUUUCAGACAAACAAGGUCCAUAUUUUGUUAGUAUAACUUAACCUAAAACAUAAAACUAUGGUUAACUUAAAAAUAAUCUUAAAUAACUAACUUAGGUACUAGAGAUAAGUGGAGAGAGGACCAGUGCUUGAUGAGGCCACUGUCCCAUCUCUCAGCAACUACGCUCAGGAGGCUGUGGCGGCUAUCGCGCACCCUGCGCAGCGUCGCGGCGCAGCGCUUACGCAGCGUCGCAUGGAACCCGUCCACAUGCGCGUCCGCGAACAUGCCGGACGCGCUGCAAUGCCGCGGCAGCCGCAACAACACCCUGAACGCGUCAUUAUAUUGUACGCGCAUGGCGUUAAACGUCCUUUGCGUGUACCGAGUCCACAGGCUGCAGGUGUACAGCGAUGUACAGAAAGCUCGAAAUAAUGUGAUUUUCACUUGCGCUGUACACCUGCUAAACCUGCGAGCUAUCAUGUUGGCCCUGACGGCCAACGCUCUCCUCUCCCUCUCAAUGUCCGCGUCAUCACGGAAAUCGUCGGUUACCAAGUGCCCAAGGUAUUUAAAUGAUGAAACCCUUUUCAGCUGCAUGCCAUUCAAACGAAUGGGUGGGAUGUGUGAUGGGCACUUGCUUCCCGCUUUGAACACCAUAAAUUCGCUUUUGGUCACAUUAUAUUUAAGGUUAUGCGCACGGGCAUAUACCUCACACCUCUCAAUAAGCAAUCUCAGACCGCCAAUCGAUGGGCUCAACAGUACCAUGUCAUCGGCAUAGCUAAUGUUAUUGAAACAAACCCGAUCAAUAUGACAACCGACACGUGUACUGCUGAGCUCACCAAUCAGGGCAUCGAUAUACAAAUUAAAAAGCUUAGGUGAGGUUAGCCCCCCCUGCCGCACCCCGCACUCCAGACCAUACUCGUCCGACAACUCACUACCCCAGCGAAUACAAUUUCGCUGGCCACCAUACCAACACCUGAAUAUGCGCGUAAGUUCCAUAG